AGCAGGACCAGCAGGUUCGGGACCAGCAGGGUCGGUACUCGGUACCAGGAUCCGGACCCGCAUGUACAGUAUUGGUGGGCGGGACCAGAGCCAGAAGAACCGCAACAAAACACCCGGAAAUAGAAAUAAAACCCUCGAACCCUCGACUGGGAGUUCCUGGAGAGCAGAACCAGCAAAACCCAGCAGAACCCAACAGAACCCAGUAGCAGAACCAGCCAGAACGCGCCCGUCUCGCUCUUCCAGCAGAUAUAACUGGUUUUCUGGUUGGGAACUCGGAUCACCUGGAAACGGAUUUACAGAAACCAGAAGGAAAAGUUCGGAUGCCUGCUGAUCCCGGCCAGGUCUAGACCCGGAGCCGGUACCAGACCAGACCCGGUCCCGGUUCCACUAGAAGGUCCUGCCCCCCCGGUCCUGCAGGACCCCCCACCCCCUGGUCUUCCUCCGCCCCCCCAGGACCAGGACCAGGACCAGCACCAGGACCAGGACCAGCAUGGCCACCUGGAUCCAGGCCCAGCAGCUCCAGGGGGACGCCCUGCACCAGAUGCAGGACCUGUACGGCCAGCACUUCCCCAUCGAGGUCCGGCACUACCUGGCAACCUGGAUCGAGCUGCAGCCCUGGGACCAGGUGGACCUGGACAGUCCGGCUGAAGAGGCUAAAGCUAAGCGGCUACUGGACGGGCUGCUAGCGGAGCUGCAGAAGAAAGCGACGCUGCAGGGAGGAGAGGACGGGUUCCUGCUGAAGAUCAAGCUAGGCCACUAUUCUAGCCAGCUAAAGAGCACCUACGACCGGUGUCCCCUGGAGCUCGUCCGCUGCAUCAGGCACAUCCUGCAGUCGGAGCAGCGGCUGGUCCAGGAGGCUAACAACACUAGCAGCGAUGCUAGCAGCUCCACCAUGGACUCUCUCUCCCAGCGCCACCAGCAGGUGAACCGAGCCUUCGAGGAGCUGAGGAGGAAAACGCAGGAGACGGAGACGGAGCUGAAGAAGCUGCAGCACAGCCAGGAGUUCUUCAUCAUCCAGUACCAGGAGAGCCUGAGGAUCCAGGCCCAGCAGAGCGGUCUGUCCUCCCUCCCCCCCACCGAGAGGUCCCAGAGAGAGUCCAGUCUGCAGAGCAAGAGGAACACGGUGGAGUCCUGGCUGACCCGGGAGGCGGCUACGCUGCAGAAGUACCGGCUGGACCUGGCGGAGCAGCACCAGCAGACCCUCGUCCUCCUGCGGAAGCAGCAGAACCUGAUUCUGGACGACGAGCUGAUCCAGUGGAAGAGACGGCAGCAGUUAGCGGGAAACGGAGGUCCGAGUGAGGGCGGGCUGGACGUGCUGCAGUCCUGGUGCGAGAAACUGGCCGACCUGAUCUGGCAGAACCGGCAGCAGAUCCGGCGCUGUGAGCACCUGACGCAGCAGCUGCCGCUGCCCGGACCCAUGGAGGAGUUACUGGGGAAGCUGAACGCUGAUGUGACCGACGUCAUCUCCGCCCUCGUCACCAGCACCUUCAUCAUCGAGAAGCAGCCCCCUCAGGUGCUGAAGACCCAGACCAAGUUCGCGGCCACCGUACGGCUGCUGGUGGGCGGGAAGCUGAACGUGCACAUGAACCCGCCGCAGGUGAAGGCCGUCAUCGUCAGCGAGCAGCAGGCUAAAGCGCUGCUGAACAACGAGAGCACCCACAGCGACAGCAGCGGCGAGAUCCUCAACAACAACUGCGUGAUGGAAUAUCACCAGGCCACCGGCACGCUCAGCGCCCACUUCAGGAACAUGUCCCUGAAGAGGAUCAAGCGCUCGGACCGCCGCGGCGCCGAGUCGGUGACGGAGGAGAAGUUCACCAUCCUGUUCGAGUCCCAGUUCAGCGUCGGCGGCAACGAACUGGUGUUCCACGUGAAGACGCUGUCUCUGCCCGUCGUCGUCAUCGUCCACGGCAGCCAGGACAACAACGCCACGGCAACCGUCCUCUGGGACAACGCCUUCGCCGAGCCGGGCCGUGUCCCCUUCCUGGUCCCUGAUAAGGUGUCCUGGCCUCAGCUCUGCAAGGCCCUGGACAUGAAGUACAGGGCGGAGAUGCAGAGUGGGCGGGGCCAGAGUGGGCGGGGCCAGCAGAGUGGGCGGGGCCUGACGGAGGACAACCUGGUCUUCCUGGCCCAGAAGGCUUUUAGCGGCGCUAGCAACAACCCGGAGGAUUACCGGAACAUGAGCGUGUCCUGGGCCCAGUUCAACCGGGAGAACCUCCCUGGACGCAGCUUCACCUUCUGGCAGUGGUUCGACGGCGUGGUGGAGCUGAUGAAGAAGCACCUGAAGCCGCACUGGAACGACGGGGCCAUCCUGGGCUUCGUGAACAAGCAGCAGGCCCAGGACCUGCUCCUCUCCAAACCCAACGGAACCUUCCUGCUGAGAUUCAGCGACUCCGAGAUCGGAGGAAUCACCAUCGCCUGGGUGGCCGAGAACCCCAACAAGCAAGGGGAGAGGAUGGUGUGGAACCUGCUUCCUUACACCACUAAGGAUUUCUCUAUCAGAUCUCUGGCCGACCGGAUCAGCGAUCUGAACCACCUGGUGCUUUUGUUCCCGGACCGGCCCAAGGAGGGCGUGUUCUCCCAGUACUACAGUCCCCCUAUCUCGAAAGCGGUGGAUGGAUAUGUGAAACCAGAAAUCAUCCAGAUCGUCCCGGAAUUCACCAACCCUGAUUCCAGCGGAGCUUCUUCCUUCAUGGACCAAACCGCCCCGUCUGGGAGUAACUACCCCAACUACUCCGACACCAUGCUGGAUCCAGACGGAGACUUCGACCUGGUCCAGGACCAGACUUUACAGGACUCAAACCGGGUCCGGUUCUUCAGCAGCAUCACUUUUAUCACAAUCAGAGGGAACGAUCACGACGUCACAGAUGAGACUUCACGGUUAAAACCACCGAGUGGCAGAAAAAUACAAAUAUUUUAGAGGAGGAACAUUUUUUUUUCAUUAUGCACUUCGAGAAAAAAGUAGAAAUUUCGAGAAAAAAGUAGAAAUUUCGAGAUUAAUGUUGAAGUAAAAUUUCCAAUAAAAAAGUCAAAAUGUUGAGAAAAAAGUCAAAAUGUCGAGAAAAAAAUUUGAAAUGUCUAGAAAAAAGUCAAAAUGUUGAGAAAAAAUGAAUGAAAAUGAAUGAAAAAGUGAAUAAAGUUGAAAUGUUGAGGAAAAAAAGCCCCCCAAUGUGAAUAAUGUUUAAAGAUUGAAUCUCUUUUGUAUUAAUUACAUUAUUUUUCUACGUUUGGUUGUCCAGGAAUCCAAUAAAAAGAUGAUUUUCAUGAUUUGACCACAUGAUCAUAUAGAGCAGCAGCUCCUGUAACGACGUCUGAACGUCCAGCUGAAUUCUGGGAAAUAAACAUCUUUCAUGGUUUAGAGAGAGAA